AUGCCAAUUAGUAUUUCAUCGUUCGGAUUAACUGACAUACCCACUCUCUUAACAAUAUUUAUAAUCGGCUAUGUAACACAAUUUUAUUAUCGUUAUUUCACUCGUAUAAAUCCUAUACCCGGUCCUAUCCCACUUCCAAUUAUUGGUAACGUUCAUCAAAAAAUUGGAUAUAGUUUAGGUGAAUGGUAUAAAUUAUUGCAUAAACAAUAUGGGGACAUGUUUGAAGUAAAUUAUGCAGGGCAACGUUUAAUCGUAUUAUGUAGACCAGAUCUAAUUGAAAAUAUGAAUACAACUUCAACAAAAACUAAAUAUCCUAUUAGAUUUAACAAUACAGAAGGACUUGUUGAAUAUGGAAUUGAUGCUGUAGGAGUAGGCCAUAAUAAUGACCACAAAUCUUGGAAAUUUAAUCGUCAAUUUUUUACUCAGGCUAUGUUAACACCAAGUUUUAAUCAUCUAGCUGUCGAAUGGACAAAUGAAUUAUGGAAAGAAAUGGAAUCUUAUUGGAAUAAAAUUGGAGAAAAUCAAGAAUUCGAUCUUACAAAAUGGAUGCAUAGAUUUACCAAUGAAAUUAUUUUUAAAAUUGCAACUGGAGUAAAAAAUAAUUCUGUUGCUGCCUAUUAUUAUACCGUUGUUGUUCCUGAAAGUAUUAAGUCUUUAAAUGAAAAUGAUCAAGAAAAAUUGAAAUAUUCUGAAGAUUUUGUUCAAUCAGUCGAAACUUAUAUGAAUGGUAUUGGUUAUUUUUUUGUUUUCAAUAAGCUUAUACGUAACAAUGUUCCAUUUCUUCGCGGAAAAGUAAAGAGUUUAUUAAAAAAUAAGGUUAAUCUUUUUGAUAAAAUAACUAAAAUUGUCAAAGAAAGAAGAAUUGAAAUUGAGAAUACACCAUUAGAUCAACCGCUUCGUCAUGAUUUUUUGACGUCACAUAUAACCGCAAAUACUCCACGUGAUAUAAAUCUUAUUAAACGUAGUGACGAUGUUGAUAUGUUGAGACCAAUGAACGAUAAAGAGAUUUUUUCUAUGAUAUUUGA